UUAUGAUAGGUAGAUUAGAAGAUCCAGCUCUGAUCAGCAGCAGCUCCACACCUCUGUACUCAGACUGAUCUGCUGGAGGAACACCAUCAGCUCACCUGCUGCAGAAAUAAAUACUGUUCAAGUAUUCUCCUGUUUCUGGUGUUAACUGCCCUACCUGGAUAAAAUUUAGCUUCACAAAUACAGAUUUAGAAGAUUUCACAAAAAUUUUAAUCUGCUGAACGAAGAGGAGAACAUGGAAUCCAGAAAAAUCUCCAAUACUCAGCCAACAUCCUCUCCUACACCUAGCAGACAAAUGCAGAAAAGAACAGGCAAGAAAAAUCACCACUGUUCAGACUGUGGGAAGAAUUUUACUACACAAAGUAAUCUACAACAACAUCAGCGCAUUCACACAGGAGAAAAACCAUAUCACUGUUUUGAUUGUGGAAUGAGUUUUACUACACAGAGUCAUCUCAAAAGACACCAGCGCAUUCACACAGGAGAGAAACCAUAUAAUUGCUCAGAUUGUGGAAAGAGUUUUAAUACACAGAGUGAUCUACAACAACACCAGCGCAUUCACACUGGAGAGAAACCAUAUCAAUGCACAGACUGUGGAAAGAGUUUUAGUAAACACAGUAAUCUACAACAACACCAGCGCAUUCACACUGGAGAAAAACCAUAUCACUGUUUUGAUUGUGGAAUGAGUUUUACUACACAUAGUCAUCUCAAAAGACACCAGCGCAUUCACACUAGAGAAAAAACAUAUCAUUGCUUAGACUGUGGAAUGAGUUUUAAUACACAGAGUGAUCUACAACAACACCAGCGCAUUCACACAGGAGAAAAACAGUAUCACUGUUCAGACUGUGGGAAGAGUUUUACUACACAGAGUAAUCUCAAAAGACACCAGCGCGUUCACACUGGAGAGAAACCAUUUCACUGCUCAGACUGUGGGAAGAGUUUUAAUACACAGAGUGAUCUACAACAACACCAGCGCAUUCACACUGGAGAAAAACCUUUUCACUGCUCAGACUGUGGGAAGAGUUUUAAUACACAGAGUAAUCUACAACAACACCAGCGCAUUCACACUGGAGAAAAACCUUUUCACUGCUCAGACUGUGGAAUAAGUUUUACUACACAGAGUCAUCUCAAAAGACAUCAGCGCAUUCACACUGGAGAGAAACCAUAUCAUUGCUCAGACUGUGGAAUGAGUUUUACUACACAGAGUACUCUACAACAACACCAACGCAUUCACACAGGAGAAAAACCAUAUAAAUGUUCAGACUGUGGGAAGAGUUUUAAUACACAGAGUAAUCUCAAAACACACCAGCGCAUUCACACUGGAGAGAAACCAUAUCACUGCCCAGAGUGUAGGAAGAGUUUUAAUUCACAGAGUCAUUUCCAACAACACCAGCGCAUUCACACAGGAGAGAAACCGUAUUACUGCUCAGAGUGUGAAAAGACUUUUAAUACACAAAGUUAUCUCAAAAUACAUCAGCGCAUUCACACUGGAGAGAAACCAUAUCAGUGUUCAGACUGUGGAAAGAGUUUUAAUACACAGAGUAAUCUCAAAUCACAUCAGCGCAUUCACACUGGAGUGAAACCAUAUCACUGCUCAGACUGUGGGAAGAGUUUUUCUACACAAAAAUAUUUCCAAGCACAUCAGCGUGUUCACACUGGAGUGUAACGUAUCUCUGCUCGGAGAGAAAAGCUUCAGGCAUUCAUAUAUAUUGAUGAGAUGCAAGUGCAUUAAAGAUACAAGGCAUUUACACACCUAUAACCAUAGAGGAACCAUGGGACUUCCAGGGGUAUUCUCAGAAAUUUAGCAAAGUCAUGAAAACUAUGAAUGAAAUUGAAAAGUACAGUCCACUCUAUCCAGCAACAGCUUGAGGAGACAGAGAGCUGAUUGUCUGCAGUGGAAGAUUAGAAUAUGAGACUAACCAGUGAGGAUAAAUCCCCUCAGAUGAUCCUGGUCAGGUUUCUGGGUUCCUCUGUCAGAGAUAAAGUGCACAGGGCAAGAAGGAAAGAGAAGUGCAUGAAUGGGAGGCAUGUACUCUAAUCCCUGGUAUGUCCAAUGAACUGGUGAAAAAAAUACAUUUUCACUGAAUAAAUGGGUCCAGACCCAGAACUGAUUUGCUCUAGUUCUAUCAGUGUGCUGUAGGGUAAUUAACCAUAACAUGACCUUAAUUACUGUUAUAAUCUCAGAACAUGAAGAAUGAUUUUUUUUAGUUAAUUUAGAAAAUAGUUUCUGCAUGUAGGUGGGAUUGGAGAGGUGUCAUAAAAAUAUAGAAAAGAAUGUUGAGCUCACACACCUCACCUUGAGCAUUAACAGCUUGAUUAUUAUGUGUAUUUUGUGUAACUACUUCUAUGCUCAUUUCCUUCUGCCCCUUUUAUCCACCUCUAUCCCAGUAUUUAUUUUUACCUGUAACCUCUUUUACUCUAUGUAUGUCUUUAUUGUAAGUUGCAUAAAAGUGAAUAAAUGCGUCUGGCAAAUGUAAUGUAAAUGUAAUAUAGUGUGAAUUUUAUACUGGUUACUGUUUGAUGUCUGAUUUGUUUAUUGCAAAAUAAAUGCUGUUUAUUUAAUAUAUUUUUCCCUCAAAUAUAUAAAAAAUGUUUUUACUCAUGUUUUAAUGUUACAAAUUCUAAUGUCUGCUCAUCUAUUAAUUGUUAAUUUUUUUUUUUUGCAUUUGUGUAGAUUGUUUAAAAACUUCAUAACAUUGCUGUCUCAUAAAAAUAUUUAAUCUCCAAAACAGGUGUUUCGAAGAACAUAGAUGAUGCUAGAUAAGACUAAAAACCUGGAUAACUACAGCCUUACCUGUGACAUACGUGGACCAGAUCUAGACUACAUCCAUUAUUUCUUCUCAUGUUGAAGUAUCUGGAGUAUCAAAACCAAAGAUGUGGUGUAUUAAAACUGCACAUAGUUAUGCUCCAUACGCUGUGAUAUAUAUUAAUGCCCUUAUUAGCAUCCUUCACCAAAAUACAGAGCUACACUUUACACUGUAAAAAGUUACUGUAGAAUUUGAACAGAAUAUUUAAGUUUAAGAACUGGAUAGUAUAUUUCUGUAUUUCCGAGCUCCACACUCCUCCUGAAUAAAUGAACUUUACCUCACAGCUAAGUAGCUAUUUGAGCUAAAUAAUAUAAAUAUGGAAAUAAACUUUUGUAUAGUAUUCAUUUACACUUGUAAUAAGGUAGUUGUGCUAAUAAUAAAUCAUAGAUAUAUGACUAAUGUAAGAUUAUUUUCAAGUUUUUAAAGCUAGCUUAUCACUAAAGUUAGCAUUUUGGCUUUCCCUCUUUGUCUUUUUCAUAAUGAAAUGUGCUGUUUUUAAAUGUAUUCCAUUAUCAGGAGCCUUAUUUUCUCAGAAAUGUUAAUAUUUAAUUAAUGAAAAUGGAAUAAUAUAGACAUGAAGUGUAUAGCCAAGUCCUUUAUUAUGAUUCUGUAAUCGGUAGCCAGCUAACGCUAACAGGCUAGUUAGUUGUUUCCGUAGUCUAGCCACUUUCCCCCUAUAGUAACUUAAAUGGUUUGUCCCAUUAGAUGAGUGGGUGAGGCUAGUCUGUUAAGUGGGACCAUGCAAACAUUGGUGGGGGGAGGCUGGCUGAGGGAGGACUCACCUGUUACUGAGAGGGUGCACAGGUUGGGUCAAGAUAGCAAAAAGUGUGACUGGAUUUUUAAUUUACCUGUACUGAAUGAGUCAUGCUAAUAUAACUUUGUUUAUUUUCUGUUUGCACUGUUCUGUUGUUUUUUUUUUCUUGCACGCACUGUUAAUAAACUCACUAUUUUUGACUUAA